AUGCCUUCAUUCGAUCAUCACCCGGAGCUAAUUCUGGUCAUUAUCAAAUACACGCCAUCAAAAGGCGACGUGGCUCAUCUCGCACAAACAUGUCACGGUCUUUAUGGUUUGGUCAUGCCUGAGCUUUAUCGCCAGAGCUACCGGGAUAAUGAGGCACAAACUCUUUACUGGGCAGCGAAGAAUGGUCACAACCAGGUUGUGCAAUUUUUCCUGGAGGCUAAUGGCCAUCUCGGAUUAGAAAUGUUAUUGCCACAUAUGAACGAUGCGCUUUCACUGUCCGCGCAGCGCGGACAGAUAAGUGUUGUGAAAACUCUCCUGUCUAUGGAAGGAGUUGAUCCAGAUAACAUUGACCCAUACCGACGAACACCGUUGUCAUAUGCCGCACAAGGGGCUCACCUCAAUAUUGUCAGAUCAUUACUGGAGACAAACCGUGUCAAUCCGAAUUCAAAGGACCGAGCUUUUGGGCAGUCGGCACUGAUCUGGGCAGUACGAGGCCCACAGGACAAAUUAGGCUUAGAACUUGAACCGGCGGCGACUGGAAUGCCAUCUUUGGAAGACAGUGCCAUUUCUGUCAUACAAUUGCUUCUUGAAAACGGUGCCAACAUCGAUUCUCUGGACUAUGAUUAUCGAAGUGCCCUAUACUGGGCUACCGCCAGGGGUUUUGGCUCGAUUGCCAUGGUUCGCUUGUUUCUUCACAAUGGCGCAAGCCCAGAUGGCCAUGUGAGUGAUCGGCUUGCAGGAGCGUGGCGAGCAUCUAUCUUCAGUCAGGGGAAUCCGCCUCCCUUUGUCACUCGCGGCAUGGAAUGGGCAUGA